AUGCCGCCGCCGCCAGGCGUCGUUCCAGACUUUUCUCUCACUCGGACGACGGUGCAGCAAAAGUUCAUCGUGGUGUACUCCGUCACGCUCGCCAUCGCAAUCGUGCUUCUCGCGCUGCGCCUGUAUACACGAGGGGCAAUUGUCCAUAGCUAUGGAUGGGAUGACUGGGCCGUCGUGAGCUCUGCAGUGUUCUCGAUUGCGUUUUUUGCGCUCUGCGUGGAGGCUUCUCGUCCCCAUCGCCGUGACCUACUGCUGGGUACCGAUGAUGACCAAAUUCUCCAUUCUGCUGCUCUACCACCGACUCAGUCCCGCACGCAAUUUCCGCAUCUGCGUCUACAUCAUCAUUUUCAUCGUCACCGGAUACACCCUCGCAACCACCCUCGCCGUCGCAGGGGGCUGCAGUCCCGUCAACACCGAGAACACGCCCUGCAUCAACAAUCUGGCGCUGUGGCAGGCGAUCCUGAACAUUGCCACGGAUAUCCUGAUGCUGAUGCUGCCAAUUCCGCUGCUGUGGUCGCUGCAAUUGCCGAUUCUGCAGAAGAUUGGUGUGGCGCUGAUUUUCAUGUUAGGAUCUGCGGUGGUGAUUACAAGUAUCAUCCGCAUCACAUAUGUCAUGAACAUCCUGCACAAGUACGACUUUACCUGGUACGAAGCCACGGUUUGCGUGUGGUCUGCAAUCGAAAUGAACUUCGGCAUCAUCUGCAACUGCCUAGCCGUCCUCAAGCCGUUCGUGCGCCACGUCUUCCCCAUCCUGAUCCCGUCCUCGCGCCAGAACGGCGAGGAAUCGGACCUCUACCCAUCGUCGUCGAGGAGGGGCGAUGGGUCGUUUCCGCUGUCGAGCAGGGACCGCAGUCGCAGCAAUGCUGGCAAACAUGCUGA